ACAGAUCACAUUCUCACUACAGAGACCUCUACAGCUCACACAUCCAACCAUGGCACCUACAAUCACUGCAGCAAUCACCAAUUCUCAGGAGCAUCUGACUCUGAACCACAAGCUCAGAAAACCUCUGGUGGAGAAACUCCGCAGAGAGCGAAUCAACAGCAGCAUUGAGCAGCUCAAGUCUCUCCUGGGUCCAGAGUUCCUCAAACAGCAGCCAGACUCCAAGAUGGAGAAAGCAGACAUCCUGGAGAUGACAGUUUGCUUCCUGAGACGACUGCAGCAGCAGCAUCAAGCUGUGAACACAGCAGCUGCGGAUCAGGGCUACUCCAGCUGUGUCAGAGAGGUGAUGAACUUCCUGUCCAAGGAGGAGGUGAAGACACAGUCCCAGAGAAGACUGUUGAAGCACUUCAACAAGCUGCAGCCUUCCUCUCGUAACAACCUGACAGAGGCUGACUUCUCUCCUCUCAGCUCCACAGUCCAGACCAGCAUCACCAAAGACAAGAGUCCAGUCAACAGCGCCCUCUGGAGGCCGUGGUAGACACCUUAAGAGUUAGACCUAAACUGAGAUGACCGCCAUGGUUGAAACUUAUUAAACCAGUUAUUGUGAUACAGCAAAUCUUCUAUUGGACUGAAUGUUUCUUUCUUUUUGAAAUAAUGUUUUCUGAAACUUUUGUAAAGUAAAACUUUGUAUUAUAUGAAUGACAUAUUUUCCCUUAUUGACAUCAAUAUGAUCAAAAUUGACUAUUAAUGGUCAGUAUUUAAACGCGUACCUUAAAUUCUUGGAAGUCCUUUUGUGUUAAUGGAGUGACAAGAACAGGGAAAUCUUACCCACUUGGUGGUAGUUUUUUCCAAUAUGCGUCUUUUUUGAUGCUGUUAAAUGUUUGUUUUCCACUGACAAAGUUCAUUGACCCAUACUGGGUUUUGCAGACAUCUGUUCUACUAUUAGCAUGUUCUGUUGUGUCUAUAAGUGUAUAGAAGGAUGGCAGUUGUUUUAUUUCUCUUUGUAAGAGAGUUGGUUCACAUUGUUUCAUUUGUACUAAAUGAGCCUCUGUCUUUUAUAAAGAUGCUGAAGUUGUUCACUCUACUCCAUUUGAGUACAAUGUCUUGGCAUACAAGGUUUUGCUGUAAUGCAUCAUCACCACUAAUGCCUCUAUGGAGAUACAGAAGCAUGAUGUUACCCAUUUAUUCUUCUUGAAAAAAUAAAAAAUCUUUAUCUUGAA